UCUGGUUGAAGAUGACUCCUCUGUUGGUGGUGAUGUGGUCUCUAUUUUACCCCUUCUCAGCUAUUUCUCCUACCAGCCUGAACCCUGCUACAGUCUGUUCCCUACAGGGCAAAUUUGAUCCACAUUUCCAGGCUGAUGGAGACUUUAUCAUCGGAGGGAUUUUCCCCAUGCAUUACAGGGUUGAGCCAGCAAGUGAGAACAGCAAUCUCAAACCAGCUCCUGCAGAAUGUCAGGGAUUUGACCCCAGAUCUUUCCGCUGGGCCCAGACUAUGAGGCUGGCUGUUGAGGAGAUCAACCAUAGCCAACAGCUGUUGCCUAACUUCACUCUGGGAUGCAAGAUCUAUGAUUCUUGCGCUACCCCCAUAACAGCACAGCAGGCAGCUCUGGCAGUUCUGAAUGGACCAGAUGAAACCCAAAGUGAAGUGUGUUCUGGAGCAUCUAAACUUCUGGCUGUGGUUGGAGAAUCUGGAUCUGCACAGUCUAUUGUUGUCUCCAGAACUCUGCAGCCAUUCCAAAUUCCAAUGAUCAGUUAUUUUUCAACAUGUUCCUGCUUAAGCAAUAGGAAAGAAUUCCCAACAUUUUUCAGAGUGGUUCCAAAUGAUGACUACCAGGUGAAAGCCAUUGCUCGUCUCCUGCAGAGAUUUGGCUGGAUGUGGGUUGGUGUCAUCCUUGAGGACCAUGACUACGGUCGAUUUGCUCUGCAGGGAUUGAUGAGGGAAAUAAAAAAUACUGGCAUGUGUUUAGCAUACCAUGAAAUGAUCCCAAAAGUGUACAAUCGACAGAGAGUACAAGAGAUCCUUAACAUAAUGAAACACUCCUCUGCAAGGGUUGUGGUGGCCUUCUCAGGUGAAGGGGAGCUGAACCCCUUCCUUAAAGAGUACAUGGAUCAGAACAUCACUGGCAUCCAGUGGAUUGCCAGUGAAGCCUGGGUAACAGCAUCAGUAUUCACAGGCAGUGAGUUCUACCCAUUUCUAGGUGGCACCAUUGGGUUUGCCAUUCGGCAGGGAAAGGUUGCAGGUCUUAGAGACUAUCUACUGAGUGUAAACCCAUUGAGGUACCCCACUAACCCCCUGGUACACGAGCUGUGGGGUGCCUUGUAUGGUUGCUCUCUCUACCCCUCCAGUAGUAGGACCCAGGCCUCUUCCCAGCUGCCCCCCUGUUCAGGGCUGGAGCCCCUGCUGAAGCAGCACUCUGCCUACCUGAACACUUCCAGCCCUCGUAUUUCCUACAAUGUGUACAAAGCCGUGUACGCUAUUGCUCACUCCCUGCACAACCUCAUCAGCUGUGAGCCUGGGAAAGGGCCCUUCCACAACUCCUCAUGUGCUGAUGCCACAAACAUUCAACCUUGGCAGCUUCAGCACUAUCUUCAGGAAGUCAGGUUCACCAUAUCAGGAGAGGAGGUCAAUUUUAAUGCACAAGGUGAUGCAAUUCCAUCAUAUGAUGUGAUCAACUGGCAAAGAGGUGCAGCUGGAAAUAUUGAGUUUGUCAAUGUGGGAAGGUUUGAUGGUGCAAAGGAGGCUGGGAAGGAGCUAUUCAUCCAGGAGGAGGCAAUCGUGUGGACAGGCCACCAGAGAGAGGUGUUGGUGUCUGUGUGCAGUGAGAGCUGUGCUCCAGGAAGCAGGAAGGCUUUCCGUCGUGGGGAGCCUCUGUGCUGCUUUGACUGUGUACCAUGUGACAACGGCAAGAUUAGUAAUAAGACAGAUUCAAUAGACUGCACAUCUUGUACUGAAGAUUACUGGUCUAAUGCAGCCAGAACUGAAUGCAUACCCAAAGCGAUUGAGUACCUCUCCCAUGAUGCAAUGGGACUGACCCUGACUGUGAUAGCUGUAGUCGGAGCCUGCCUCACCGUUGCUGUUCUGGCAGUAUUCCUCUACUACAGGAACACUCCGAUUGUCAAAGUCAACAACUCAGAGCUGAGCUUCUUCAUCUUGCUCUCUCUGACUCUGUGUUUCCUGUGUGCGCUGGUGUUCAUUGGAGAGCCUACAUCAUGGUCCUGCAUGCUGCGCCAUACUGCCUUCAGCAUCACUUUCUCACUCUGCAUCUCCUGUAUCCUGGGGAAGACUCUGGUGGUGCUGGCUGCCUUUACAGCCACCAGGCCUGGAAACAACCUCAUGAAAUGGCUGGGACCCAAACAGCAGAGAUUCAUCAUCUCUGCCUGCACCUUUAUACAAGUGAUAAUCUGUGCAGUAUGGCUAAUCACUGCUCCUCCUUUCCCAAAUAAAAACAGUCAGUACCACCGGUCCAGAAUAAUCCUGGAGUGUAGUGUGGGUUCUGAACAGGCCUUCUGGUGUGUUCUGGGAUACAUUGGUCUCCUGGCUGCUCUGUGUUUUAUUCUUGCCUUUCUGGCCAGGAAGCUGCCAGGCAAUUUUAAUGAAGCCAAAUACAUCACCUUCAGCAUGCUGAUCUUCUGUGCAGUGUGGCUUGCUUUUAUACCAGCUUAUGUCAGCUCACCUGGAAAGUUCACUGUAGCUGUAGAGAUCUUUGCUAUUCUAGCCUCAAGUUUUGGGCUGCUGCUGUGCUUAUUUGCUCCAAAAUGUUACAUAAUUUUACUGAAACCUGAGAAAAAUACUAAGCAGCAUCUAAUGGGAAGAGUUGUUACAAAAUAGAACAAUGCAUGUUUUCAAUUAUUGUAUGAAUUUAGAAUAGCUUGUGGACUUAUUCUGGUAGAAACACAACUGAGAAGGCUGUGGGAUCAGCAGAAGUUCUGGGAGCAGGCUGACAAAGGCUGUGAUUGGACACACUAUAAUUUGCCAGCACUCUGAGUUACUACUAGCCUUUGACAACUGCACACUGACUAGUAAAAUAGGGCCCAUUAUCUUUAACCCUCCUGUUCUGUUCACUAAUUAGCAAUAGAUUAGCAAUGGGAUUAGGCAAAAGUUGUGGGAGCAGGCAGACUAAGGCUUUGUUUACACAACAGGGCUAAUUACUCAGUCAAUAUUUUUUUUAAUAUCUU